UGAUGAAAUACGUGAAAAUUUUCAGAGAAGCACAUGUAUUCUCUUUCCAGCAGUAUCGGUCAGAAGUUUAUCUAAUGUUUAAAUAUUUAUAAAUAUAUAAAUAAAUCAUGUUCGUAACAAAGUUUUCUAAAAUUAUGACUGGAUGGUAGGAUUGCCUGUACAGUUGUAGCAUUGACUUCAUUUUAUUUCGCAAAGAAAUCAAUUGAUAACCAACGUCGUGCUCUGAUGCAAGAACGGAGAAAGGCAAAACUUGGCAAAAAUUAAUAAACAGCAUAAAUAAUAUUGGAAAGUGGAUUAAAAAAAGUAUAUUAAUAAUAAGAAAUAUAAUUGUUAAGAUACAAUGGCGGGAUUACCUCAAUUAGAUGAAGCUAAAUUAAAAUUAGUUCAAGAAUUGGAGAUUGAGAUGAUGUCAGAUAUGUAUAAUAGAAUGACAUCAGCAUGCCACAAGAAGUGCAUUUUACCCAAAUAUGCAGAACCAGAUUUGGGAAAAGGAGAAUCUGUUUGUAUAGAUCGAUGUGUAGCUAAAUAUCUUGAUGUCCAUGAAAAAAUUGGUAAAAAGCUUACACAAAUUUCUAUGAAUGAACAUCAGAAUACCGUCAACUCACCUACACCAUCAUGAAAAUAGACUAAUAAUUAUAGAAUGAAAGCAUUUCUGAUGAUAUAACAUAAAUAACUAAUUUUUUUCAUUAUUCUCUAAAGUUUUUUCCUGUAAAUGUAUCUUAGUUUUAACCAAAAACAAUUUAAAUGUAGAUAUGUUUGUAUUUAGUACAAAUUAUAAAAAUAAAAGUUUACUUUGUAGAAAUUGGUUUCA